AUGGUUGAGUGUCUGGUGGCGCAGAAGGAUCGAGUAGCACUAAGCGCCUUUCUGGCCAGACUGACACCUCACACUGCUGAAGCAUAUAAAGCAAUAAAUGCUCUGAAUAAUGCUAUAUACAAAAUUUUAUUUGAUGUGAUUUUUAUUUACUUUGUUGGUGAUUAUUCAAAUACGAGUUUGAUUUUCACUGUUACUCUGUACUAUUUUUUCGGGAAUUUUGAUUGUAUUGAAAAACGCGCUGGGUGUGUCGUUACAGUUCAGUACAGGUUAUGUUUUGAUUUGAGGGCAAAUAAGAAUUCUCCGGUAUUUUUUAUUUCGAGUAUUUUGCAUGAUUUGACGUCUGAAACAGUUUCGUUUGGCUGA